AUGACGUUAGGCCGUCAAGGCAAAGUUAAAGAAGCUAGGAAGGUGUUCGACGAAAUGCCUCAAAGAGAUGUUGUUUCUUAUGCUUCAAUGAUUACUGUUUAUUUAAAACAUAAGGAUCUUCCUAAAGCUGAGAGGUUGUUUUAUUCCAUGCCUGAGAGAAAUGUAGUGUCUGAUUCUGCUAUGGUUCAUGCAUAUGCUAAAGUUGGCAGACUCGAUGAGGCUCGAAGAAUCUUUGAGCGAAUGCCUGAUAGAAACGUUUAUGCGUGGACCAGUUUGAUUUCUGGGUAUUUUCAGAACCGUAGAGUGGAUGAAGCUCGAAAGUUGCUUCAAGAAAUGCCUGAGAAAAAUGUGGUUACCUGGACUACAGCAAUGGUGGGCUUUGCUCAAAAUGGUUUGAUUAUUGAGGCACGGCGUAUUUUUGAUCAGAUUCCUCAAAAAACUGUCAUUGUUUGGACGGCGAUGACCAGGGUUUAUGUUGAAGAUAGUCAGGUGGAUCAAGCUCUUGAGCUCUUUGAUAAGAUGCCUGAACAUAAUUUAUAUUCUUGGAAUGUUAUGAUUCAAGGUUGUUUACAUGAUAACAGGGUGAACAAAGCUUUGGAACUAUUUAACGCAAUGCCAUGGAAAAAUGCAGUUUCUUGGACAACUAUCGUUACUGGUCUUGCACGAAAUGGGUUGAUAGAAUUGGCAAGAGAGUACUUUGAUCAAAUGCCAAAUAAGGAUCCAGCUGCGUGGAACGCUAUGAUAACGGCCUAUGUUGAUGAAGGCCUAGUGUCUACGGCCAAUGCACUUUUUGAUUUGAUGCCUAAUAAAGAUAUU